AUGGACGAUCAAUGUGAUCUUUGGGCUGCAGGAAUUGAAAUUCCACUGAAUAUGAUGUUUAUCAACAAAUUCAACUCGAAUAUCGGUGGAGUGAGGAUUUUCGCCGAUGAGGGCGACUGGCUUCGUUGGUGUUACCAUGUGGGAUCGCCGGCAAUUUGCCAACGAGCCGAGAUCAAUCUCCCGAAUGAGUGCCUCAAAAAGGAGAUUCAAGAAGUCAACGACCUC